CGUCUGUCUGAAGGAUCCCAAGUUGAUGUGGCAAUGUUUCAUCAUUCAUGAGUUUCAUAACACUAAUAACGACCAUAAUUCCUUGAGCUCAAAGCCACAAACCCACUCACAGCCCCACAUUUGAUAAUUGGGUCCAAGCCUACUCAAUUGCAGUUUAAAAGAAAGAAAGGAAAAUAAACUAUGACUACAAAUGAGACAGUAUUAGAUUUGGGUGGUAGCAGAAGAAGAGGCAAUGCCCCAAAAGCAGGCUCUGUUUGGGAAAGUCGAAUGAAGCUCGAUCAAGUCAAAGGUGGCUUCAAAGCAUUCAGUCCCAAUCAAGAGAGUUCCCAAGACAACAUUCAUAACAACAACGACAAUCCUCAAGUUCAGAUUGAUAAAAAGGCAAACGAAAUCACGAGGGCCAAACAGAGCCCUCCUAUUGGGUCGACCGACAGACGAAAAACAUGGAAAUCUGAUAAAUCGAACUCAAUUCAGAUUGCGAGGCAGAGAUCUGAACUCAGGAAGAAUUUGGACAAAGAAUUUAAGGAAUCGGGUAUCAAGAGAAAUAGAUCGAUCCCAUCAAGGGAUGAAAAUGUGAAGAAUGCGAUUCAAUUGAGGAAAGUGAAGUCUGAUUCCACUGAGUUGGAUAAAAUUGAAGAGAAAAAUGAUGAGAUCAAUAAUUCUGAGCCAAACAGGGAUUUGAAGGGUAGUAAUGGGGAUAUUGACAAGAGCCCAGAAAAAGGGAUUUCAAGAUCUGGUGGCGAGUUGGCCGAUGGUCCGAAAGAAUCAGAUUUGGGUAACAAUGGUGAUGAAAAGGAUAAGGAAAUUGAGGUUGAAAUAAAGAGUAAACCUGUGAUUGAGGAGAAAAAACUGCUUCAAAACAAUGAGAGAUCAGUUUUGAGUUCAACAAAUGUUAGAAAACAGCCAAGAUUUCAUCCUGCCCCAACAAAAACCAAGCCAAUUGACCUAAUAAUGUGGAAAGAUGUAUCAAAAUCAGCAUUUAUAUUUGGUAUUGGAACAUUUGGUAUUAUUUCGUCUUCGUACACAAAGGAUCUUAGCAUCAGCUUGAUUUCUGUCAUGUCCUACUUAGGCCUUGUAUACCUAGCUGCAAUAUUUCUUUUCAGAUCCCUCUUUACCAGGAGAGCAAUGGAUGUAGAUAGUGAGAAUCAAGAUUUGGUUGUUGGAGAGGAAGAAGCAAUUUGGAUAGUAAAACUAAUUCUUCCUUAUUUAAAUGAGUUUCUUCUUAAAUUGAGAGCUCUGUUUUCAGGGGACCCUGCUACUACGAUGAAGUUGGCAGUGUUGCUAUUCAUUUUGGCUAGGUGUGGAAGCUCCAUAACCAUAUGGAAGAUGGCCAAAUUGGGUCAGUUGUUCAUGUUGUUUGUGGCCUUCAAGUACUAUCAGCAGUCACUAAUGAAAGAUGGAUUGGAGAAUGAAGAAAGAGGUAGAAACAUGGAAGGACAUAAGUUGAGACGGAAUUCGGCCGCAAUUGAAACAAGAAAACAGAAGAAAGCGUGUUGAGAAAGAGGGGUUGUAUAGUUAUAGGAAAUUAGGAAUUGUGAGUGAGCUUUAAUUUUUUUUUUUAAUAUACAUGUGAAGUAAAGAUAAGAGAGAGUGAGAGAAGAAGAGAAUUUUGUACUAGUUAGUGUAAAACUUGCAU